AUGGCGUGCUACUACAUUGUGAUCAGCUCCACACACCUCAGUAACGGACACUUCCGCAACAUCAAGGGAGUCUUCAGAGGACCGCUGUGCAGAAACGGCAACUCGGAUUAUGCAGAAAAGGAGAAAACUUUGGCCAAAGCCCUGGAAGACCUGAGGGCUAAUUUUUACUGCCAGCUGUGCGAUAAACAGUACUACAAACAUCAGGAGUUUGACAAUCACAUUAACUCAUAUGACCAUGCGCACAAACAGAGGUUAAAGGAGCUGAAGCAGAGGGAAUUUGCCCGUAAUGUGGCCUCCAAAUUAAGGAAGGAUGAGCAGAAGCAGGAGCGGGCACUUCGGCGGCUACACAAAUUGGCCGAACAGAGGAGAGAGGUGCAAUGUAGUGCCCCAGGAAGUGGCCCGAUGUUUAAAUCCACCACUGUCGCAGUGGAAAGCUUCAAUAAGUCCUGCUUUAUGGAUAAGGAGGAAAACCAGAGCAUUGCAGAACAUGAGACAGAAUCUCAAAUCCCAUGGCCACAUCGAGGUAAAGCAAAGAAACAAACUCUACGCCGCAAAAUUGCAUUCUCCAUUUCCUUUCCAAAGAGAGCCUCACUAAAGCUUGAGUCUUCAGCUGCAGUCUUUUUUGAGAGUACUGAGGAAAAGAAGCUGAUUAAAUAUGAUACAGAGACGAUGACACAUCAAAAGAGUUCCACAAAAAGUUCCCUGAAUAAUGCAAUGUCUGCCUCAGAUUUGUGUGCUUUCCUUGUUUAUUCAGAGGACACAUCAGUGUCUCCAAUUAGCCACUUUCCAACUGCUCACGGAUCCUCAGAUCUUAGUCUGGAUUUGGAGGAGAACUAUUUAGCUGAAAAUAAAGAAAACAGUGGUCAGAAAGAGGGCACCAGAAGUGAUGCUUCUCAAACAUCAUGUGAUGUUAAUUCAUUGCAAAGCCAAGAAAAGGACAACAUUUGUCUCCGAAGACCGAGUCAACCUUUUCUCUCUGUUGUCAGUCGAGAUAAGAAAACUAUCUUCCAAUGGCCAUCAGAAAUGGUGUGCUUUACAAGAACAGAGCCCUCCAUUUCAUUUAGCUGCAACCCUCUACAUUUUGACUUCAGAGGCUCCCAGUUCAGGAAGUCUCCUGAAGACUUAGAGAACAAAAAUGACCAAGAACUUUCAUUCAUUCCUAAAAAAAGACCCAAGAUAUCUUCUUCCAGUGAAAUAUCCACAAAAGUAGCCACAUGUAGAGUGGAAAGAAAAAACAGAAAGUGUCACCUGUAUUGCAGCAAUGCACAGAGUAAAUUUAAGCAUUUGAAAAAUUGGGCUCAGAGCAGUAAGCGAGCAGAGGACAAAUUGCAUGGCAGAGAUCGCCGCCAUUACAAGAGUCGGCACAAAAAAAGGCACAAGAGAAGAAGUAGGUGGGAGAAGGAUUACAGUAAGCCAGAGCAAAGUGAAAACAUAAAAAAACGAACUAAACUUCACAAACGAGAAAGAUUUGAGCACCAAUUUGGAGGCUGUGCUGCACAGCAAGGGCAGCCAUUAGAAAAGUCAAAGCAAUCAGCUCAGAAUCAGGCAGAGAACAACAGUGUUGUUUCCUCAGUGGGAGGCUCUGUUGAAGCUGAAAAGGUACUUGAUAACAAUGGGGGAACUGUAGACAUCCCUGUUUUAGGGCAGACAACGAUUACACAAAAUUACUUGCACCAUCUCAGAGAGAUUUCUUCUGAUCAUGAAACAUCAGCCUCAGAUCACUGCAGCCCAAAUAUACCAAAGAAACGACAAAGUGACCCCCAGAGAAAAGAGGAUACUGUUUGGACAAAUCAUACUGAGUGUGGUAUGAUUAAGGAGCUAGAUAAAGCAGAUGAUAAACAAGAAGAUGUUUUGUGUCCAAAUCAUAGACGAAAAAGACAGAAAUUGGACCAAAGUUUUAACAUGCAUCUCACUGAAAAACAUCCUGCUUUUGUUUUAAAACAAUCAGAAGGAAUAGUGGACAUGGAAUCAACAUGGAAUAUCUUCAAUUUAAAAGAAUCAGCUACAGGCGAUGCAGAAGAAGGAACUAAUGCAGUAGGUGACACAUCCACCGAUAAAAACCCCAUUUCCACCUCAGAGAUAAAUCCUCUGGCACUACCUGAGCGGGAUCUACAGCCUAAAAACACAAAUCAGAUUUUUGUCAUCCAAAAUGGUGACUCCGCAAAAGGGCAAGAAUCUGAGAAUGAGUGUAAGAAGUGUGCCAUUACAUCUCAUGUCAAAGACAAAGCGAAAGUCAGCCAUGAUAAAUCCUGCCAGCACACCCCACCUUUGCCAGGCUUUCAACUUCUAGAUAAGGAACGGCAGAACUGUACAAUCCGGAGACCAUUUAACCCAAUGCUGUGUUUUACAUCUCAACUCAGUGGUGUGGAGAGGCAUGGUCUUCUUCAGAGCCACACCCACAAAAAGGUUAUGCACCAGAAGGUGUUUUCUGCUAAGCUCAGAUCAGUGCUUCCCAUCUCGUCACCUAUCCUUCACCCUGUCCACUUACCAUCUGCCAUUCCAUCCAGUUCCAUCACUGUCCUUCAGCACCAUUCCACAUUUCUGCCUGCUCAGCCUUCAGUCUUCACCCAGGUCAUGCCUGUUACAAGACUUCCCCUUGCCCCUGAAAUCACACCCUUUAUAAAUUCGUCUCAAGUUUCAAUGGUUGCUCCACCCACUAUCCACACAACGGCCGUGACAUUCCACACUUUACCCCGUCCUCAAGUCUUUCGGCCACUCCUACACCCUCCUGCUCCUUUUACACCCUUAUUACCUCCUCACACUACUGUCAUCCCUCUUCAGACUCUAUACUAAAAAUACUACAACCUGGUAAAAUAGUUAAAAUAGUGGUUAAAAAGUACAUUUUGAAAUUACAGACAAAGCAGUAAUUGACAUAAACAAACCAAUGGUGGAGCAAACUAGUGUCUAUGCCAUUUUUUUUAACCAAAUGUGUUUGUGUGUAGAUGGAUAGGACAUUGCAGAUGUUAGAGCUUUUUACUAAAAAUAAACAACAAUUGGUUAGGUAAUGGUAAUGGCCACAUAGCA